AUGGGUUGGCUUCAUGUUUCAAAAGGCUUAAGUCUUACGGGUAACGAUCAUCAAUUGGUCUUUUUCAAGCGAAAGGAAGGUCUUAACCAUGGGGGACCUCAAGAUGGGGCCGUAAGCACAAGGGCCGUGGGCGCUUACACAAGACGGAGGAGAAAGUCGCGACCCAUUUUCGAGCCAUUCUCCACCAGCAAAUUGGUGGAAUGGUAG